AUGGCCCGCUCAUCCGUCCCCACCCAGAAUGACAUCGCCGUCCCCGAGACAAUUCUGAAGAAGCAGAAGGCUCAGCAGAAGCAGACCGACGACCGUGCGGCUGCCACCCAGAAGAAGCGUGAGGCCAACAAGCAGAAGCGCGAAGCCAUCUUCAAGCGCGCCGAGGAGUACCAGAAGGAGUACGUCAAGCGCGAGCGCGACAUCAUCGAGGCCAAGCGCGCCGCGAAGAAGGACAACUCUUUCUUCGUCCCCGCCGAGUCCAAGCUCGCCUUCGUUGUCCGUAUCAAGGGUAUCAACAAGAUCGACCCCAAGAAGCGCAAGACUCUCCAGCUCCUCCGUCUCCUCCAGAUCAACAAUGGUGUCUUCAUCAGGCUCACCAAGGCCACCACUGAGAUGCUGAAGAUUGUCGAGCCCUUCGUCGCCUACGGCUACCCCAACUUGAAGACCGUCCGUGAGCUCAUCUACAAGCGCGGAUACGGAAAGGUCAACAAGCAGCGCAUUCCCCUUACUGACAACGAGAUCAUCGAGGAGAACCUCGGCAAGUUCGGCAUUGUCUGCAUGGAGGACCUCAUCCACGAGAUCUUCACCACCGGCCCCAACUUCAAGCAGGCCUGCAACUUCCUGUGGCCCUUCAAGCUGUCCUCCCCUACCGGUGGCUUCCGCAAGAGGAAGUUCAGGCAUUUCAUUGAGGGCGGUGACCUCGGUAACCGCGAGGAUUUCAUCAACCAGCUUGUCAAGCAGAUGAACUAA